AUGACGUCCAACGACCGACAUGCCUCAUACGACUCUCCCUAUCGAACCGGCCAGCACAUGCCUGUUGGUCAAAGUCGACAUGCUCCCCUGACUUCCGUCGCAACAAGUGCUGUUGAGUCUCACCCAGAUCUCCCAGCAACAUUCUACGAUGAUUCCAAACGACCCUCCAUCUCCUCCUCACAGCUCCCCGAGUCACCCGCGCGUCCCUAUUCACCGGGCAUGCGUUCAUUAGCUUCGCCAAAGAAUCCCACGGUUGAAGAGACGGUUGCCCCUGGCGAAAUCCAAAUGCAGAAUUUCGCUGACGGUGCUCCGCCACCCCCUCCGGUCGCACACUCGUGGAAGAAAAUCGACCGCUGGGCCGAGAAGCACUUUCCUGAACUGUGGGAUCAACUUGGUGAAGGCUGCACGCAGAAUGACAUCAAUGAGCUCGAACAUGAAUUGGACAUGUCUUUGCCCCAAGACGUCCGCGAUUCCUUGAGCAUCCACGACGGACAGGAGCGCGGUGGCCGUCCCACUGGUAUCAUCUUUGGUUGCAUGUUGCUAGACUGUGAAGAAAUCGUUCAAGAAUGGAAAAACUGGAAGGUUGUCAACGAAGAGUACUUGAGCGGAGCUCGGAAGCCGUCCUCCUACAACAGCAAGGGCCUCAGCAAAGGUGCCUCCUCUUCAAGCCAAGCCCAAAAUGGAAACCGCUUUUGGAGAGAGGAGCUGCUGGACAAACAAGAGUCCCAGCCUCCCAAAGCCACUCAAAAGGCCUACGCACACCCUAGCUGGAUCUCCCUGGCCAGGGACUGGGGUGGCAACAACAUCGCAGUCGACCUUGCCCCGGGUCCCACGGGCAGAUGGGGCCAAGUCAUCAUCUUUGGGCGCGACUACGAUUGCAAAUACGUUGUCGCACGGUCAUGGGCUCAUUUCCUGGCCGUCGUGGCCGAUGAUCUGAACAGCGACAAGGUUUUUGUCGACGAGGAGACUGGAGAGCUGAAGCUGAAGGAGUUCAAGACCGAAACAGUGGAGCCUUCCUACAUGGAGAUUCUCCGUUGGCGAGUUGACCAGAAAUAUGGGCGACGAGGUCCCCGACGGAGACCUCAGCCAGCGGGGCUGAACACCGCUGUUGUGGCGCAAAACGGACGGCACUCGCCGUACGGCAGUCCAGUCAUCGGUACCGAGGAUAGGGGCAGAUCACCUCAACGUUUCUCGCGAGGCCACUCGGGCAGUCCGCGACAUGCAGUCGGAAGUCCUCUGGCUCGCGUCCAGGAAGAGAUCGCCCAACCCCAGGCCAUCCGACCUGGUGGCGACGUGAUCAGAGAUUUCGCCCAAGCUAUCGAGUCCUCGAGUGAGGGUAAGAAGCGAGAGAAACCCUUGCCGAUCGACCCCAAGGCCGUCAACCCCAACAGCAGAGCCGAAAAGCUGGUUGACGCCCCUACUCCUGCGUCAUUGAAAAGUGCAGAACCCAAAGAGUUCCCAGCAACCCGAUUGUCGAGAGUAUCGACUGAAAGCGAAAGUAAAGAGCAGCCUGCCGUGCCGGAACAGGCCGAAGUUACAGGACUCGGAGUAAACGGCAUCGAAGAGGAUAUGAAAACCGUCACAAUCUAG